AUGAUGAGCAAGGAGGGCAACGAGUAUUUUGUAUGUAACCUUGAUGGGACUUUAGCCCCCGAAUAUCUUAACUCGGUCAGUGAUGAGCUAAUCGGACUAGUCAAGAAAGCCAAUGCUGUGGAAGAAUUCACCACGAACAGUCAAGUACAACCAUCGGAAGAAACUCAAUUCUCCUCGACACUUGACCACAGACCAUCCACAAAAGAUGAUGAAUCCCAGGAACACCUACUGCAAUGGCCGGAUGGGAAGCGUACCUGCACGCAUGAAUCAGACAUCACAGAUGCUGAUAUUCUUACACUAUAUACCGACAGCGUACCAGACGCAAGCGAAGGCAAUCGAGGCCGACGAAGUCAAUAG